AUGAUUGGUGGGGUUAUUGGCCGUGUUGUGAGUUCAGUUGUGAAUCCUAGUUUAGUUGUGAAUCCUAGUUCAGUUGUGAAUCCUGCCACAACUGCACCACCACCUGCUCCUGCCACAACUGCACCACCACCUGCUCCUGCCACUCCGGGACCACCACCUGCCCAUGGCACCCAUGGCACUCCGGUAACUGGAUCUGCUUUGAAGGAUUCAGAUUCCCUGACUCAACAUUUUGAUCCAGAUGUUUCACAUUCACACCAUGAGGAUUCAGAUUCCCUUACUCAACAGCUUGAUCAACAUGUUUCACAUUCACAUCCUGAGUUAAUUUUUAUUAUGGAUUCGGAUUCCCUUACUCAACAGUUUGAUCAAGAUGUUUCACAUUCACACCAUGAGGCGAUUUUUAUUAUGGAUUCAGAUUCCCUUACUCAACAGUUUGAUCAACAUGUUUCACAUUCACAUCCUGAGGAUUCGGAUUCCCUUACUCAACAUUUUGAUCAAGAUGUUUCACAUUCACACCAUGAGCGUAACCGGUUACGCAAACGCAACAGCUACAGUAAAUCUGUUUUACGGGUUCGUAACCGGUUACGGUAA